AUGGAGCCUGGUAACUUGUGGUGUGCAGCUGUCAAUUUGGACUCUGUUGGUGGUGUUUGCGAUAAAGAUAAUUCAACUGAUGUUGGUGGUUGUGAUGAACUUAAUUUGGACUCUGUUGGUGUAGAAGGUAUUGGUGGUUGUGAUGAAGUUAAAUCCUCUGAUGUUGGUGUACAAGGUAGUGAUGGGAGUUGCAAUGAAGGUAAUUCUACCGAUGUUGGUGUAGAAGGCAAUGGUGGUUGUUGCAAUGAAGACUAUUUCACUGAUGCCGAGGUAGGAGGCAGUGUAUGUGAUUUGGAAAUUUCUCCUGGGCUGAACAAAUAUUGGUGCCCAGUUUGUGCUGACAGUUUGAAGCCUCAUGUGGGGCAAAAAUUUGAUUCUUUAGAUGGUGCUAUUGCUUUUUAUAAACAAUAUGCUGGGGCUGUUGGUUUUUAUUGUAGGCAGGGCUCAAAUCGGAGGAGGAGGGAUGGCGUUGUUGUGGAGAAACAUGUGUUAUGCAGUCGUGAGGGGUUUAAGCAGACUAUUUCGGUUGAUGCUAAAACUAAUAAGGUGAAGAGACGGAGGGUGACAAAUAGGGUUGGGUAUAAGGUGAAUCGCAGUCUUGAUGCUGGACACCAAAUGUUCAUUGCGAGUUGUUUUCGGGCAAAUAUUGGUUCUGUUCGGUCAUAUAGGUUGUUUAAGGAGAUUGUUGGUGAUUAUUCUAAUGUUGGUGCUACAGGUGUGGAUUUUAAGAAUUUCAAACGUGAUUUGAUGGCGUACAUAUUAAAUGGCGAUGCUCAAUUAUUCAUAGAUACGCUUUUCAAGAGGCGUGAAUUGUGUGAGGCUUUUGAUUUUGAAUAUGAUGUUGACGAUGUUGAUCAACUUUCAAGUGUUUUUUGGGCUGAUGCAGUAUCUAGGAAGAAUUUUGCUUUGUUUGGUGAUGUUGUUUCAUUCGAUGCUACAUAUCGUACUAAUAGGUAUAAGUUGGUUUUUGUUCCAUUUACUGGAAUUGAUAACCAUAAGAGAUCCAUCACCUUUGGUGCUGGUUUGCUUACAAGGGAAGAUGUAGAUUCAUAUGUGUGGCUUUUGGAGAAAUUUAAGAAAACCAUGCGCCAUGACCCUAUUUGUGUUGUCACUGAUCAAGAUCCAGCUGUCAAGGUUGUUGUUGCUCGUGUGUUUGGUACAUCAAAACAUAGAUUUUGCAUGUGGCAUAUAAUGUGUAAGGUUGGUGAGAAGGUUGGACCGGUUUUGUCUAAAGAUGAGGUGUUCCGGAGGAAGUUGAAUGGCAUUGUUUGGAACAAAUCUCUUGACUCCAAUGCUUUUGAGGAUGCAUGA